GGGGGACAACCUUGUUAAAGCCGCUGCCUAUUCAAACACCAAGAACAAGCCUAGUCUCUACGACAACGGGACACAAACACACGGGAAGUCGUCUCUCUGCCAGACGUUUACACUGAAAGGUUUCUUUGACACAUUUGCAGAGAAUGAACAGAUGAUCUCACAGAUCAAAUAGGAGAGGAAUGUCCACACAAUGGUACAGUAAAUUGGAUGUAGUUUUUGAAGCAUUGAUGCAGUAGUUGCAUACAUUGAUCACUGGUCUAGGGUGCAGUGUAGAGCAAGUAGCCUACAUUACUAAACAUACUGCUUAACAUGAACUUUCCCAUGUUAUCUAUAGUGAUUAUCAAAUGGUUUGUCCGCAGCCUACACAAUCAACAAAAUCCAGAAAAUCAAGGUCAAAAAGGCCUGUCAAAAAGGCCGAGAGGAGGAGGUCAUCCAAGAAGAGAUCAGUCAGUGCCAAAGCCACCAAGUCAGAAGUGGACAUUCUCAGUCCAGCAGCCAUGCAGAAUGUUUACUACAUUUCCCACAAUGCAGUUGACUGUCUGGCGUUCCGAGGCUUUGGAUGGCCUAAGUCAACUAAAAAGAAAACAGGAGGAAUGAAGGGCAAGAAACCAAAAAACAAAAAGUGACUCUACCACAAACCUUGCCAAGACCAAAGCAAACAUUGUCAGUUUAGUACGGCUCUAUUCAAUCGGCAUGGUGGAAAUCCAGCUUUUCAGCGUGAUAUAAAUGUUAAGGCGAUGUUCCCGAUCAGUGGAGGCUGUUGAGGGGAGGACGGCUCAUAAUAAUGGCCGGAAUGGACUAGUUUCACGUUUGAUACCAUUGCAUUAACUC